AUGUUAAGUUUUGGACUGCUCGUCAUUGUCAACCUGGUCUUGACCGGAGCCGUUGCCUCGCCGCCGUGGAAGGCCGAGUUGGUCCUUGCGCCGAUUUUUCUUCAGAUCCCGUCGUGUGCGGCAAACUGCGCACUCGAUGGGCUCUCGACAACAACAUGUCCGUAUUCCAACCAGACAUGUCUGUGUCAGGACGAUAAAUGGUUCCUGGGUUAUCUCACACCCUGCAUACGCAAUAGUUGUUCGACUUGGGAGAGCCUCGCUGCCAUCAACGCAACCUCGACUAUCUGCAACCGCCCUCCGGCGAAUCACUAUGUCCAACUCCCCAUCGGCAUCGGGAUCAUGGCUGCCGUUCCGACGCUGCUGAUCAUCCUUCGACUAGCCCUCAAGCUGGCCAAGGUGUCGAGUUGGUAUCAUGAUGAUACCACCAUCAUAUUGGCAUGGGUCAUAUUCAUAUUCGAACCCUUCUACUUCAUCAUGAUCUGCCUCGUCAAGUCCUCGAUCCUCUUCACCUACAUGCGCAUCUUUCGCGAGCCCGACGCCCAGCGCGUGUUUCGCUUCACGCACUACUUCAACAUGUUCCAGACGGGCGUCUUCAUCGUCUUGUGUUUCGUGCAGUGCCGGCCCCUGGACCACUUCUGGCUCGGCUGGACCGGCGAGGACCACCCGGGGUCCUGCUGGCACAUGAACGACAUACCCGUCACGCACGCCAUCGUCGGGGUGCUGCUGGACCUGUGGAUGUUUGGUCUGCCGGCUACGCUGGUGUGGCGACUCAACCUCAAGAGCCGGGAGAAGAUUGGGGUGAUGUUGAUGUUUGGGUUUGGCGUCUUCCUCAUCGUAAUAAGCUGCAUCCGCAUCCCGCUCCUCCUGUCCGUCUCCCCAGCGACCGCCAUAACCGACGAGUCCCUCGAGGGCGCCAUCUGGUCCAGCGCCGAGGUCUGCAUCGGCAUCUGCGUGGCCUGCAUGCCGGCCCUGCGGCAGUUCAUCAGUGUCAUCGCGGCCCCGCGCAUCCGCCGCCUCCUCGGCCUGCCCGAAAAGCAAAGCCGCGGCACGGCCAGCGGCCGCCUGUCCAGCACCACCGCGGCCAGCAGCAACAGCGCCGCCAGGAAGAGCGCUCUGCAGCAGAAGCGGCAGCUCCCGCCCGCACCGCCGCCGAGCAAGUCGAGGGACGGCAGCGGGGGCGGCAGCAGCAGCAGCAUCACCAUCGCGCUGAGGCCGCUGGCGCCUGCGGACCUGCGGCCGCCGCCGCCGGUGCUGAAGCUGAGCGCGCCGGCGCCCGGGUCGAGGGACAGCACGUGCAGCGCCGGCGACAGGAGGUCGCGCGUGACGUUUGUGGACGCGGACCAGGGCGCCGCGAACCUGCGGCCCAUGAGCGGCGUCUUUGUCAGGUGCGGGUCGGCGGCGGCGGCGGCGCUGGAGGGCGAGGGCGUCAUCGAGUUCUCGGACCUGCGCGCCGUCGAGGUGGCGGACGACGUGGCAGGCGCUGGCAGGGGGAUGUCGGUGGAGCAUGGUGAUGGGAGGUCGAGGAGGCCGAUCAGCGAGGUCGAUCUGAUUGAGAGUUAUCAGACGCCCAGUGUGUACGUGCCGAGUUUUGGGAGACGGUCAUCGUCGGUGAAUAGCUCGACGCCUGGGUUGGCGCUCUGA